CAUCAGCAUCCAUUCAGGAAGACGGCUCUCUGAUUAGCCUAGCCUGCCUGGAUUUAAUAUAUAUAUAUAUAUUUAUUUAUAUAUAAAAAUAUAUAUUGGAAAAAUGGCGUCGGUCAACCCAUUUGAUGUCAGUGAUUCUGAGGAAGAAGCAGAACGACGUCCCAAUGAGACGGUGGACACAGAAAGAAGCCCGAGCGAGGGGGCGCCAGGUCCACCGCCAGGCAAUCCCUUCUCUCCGCCUGCAGAUGCCGAACCUCCGACACUGCUGCUGUCUAGCAACCGGACAAGCCCCAGUGGUGAGGGCAUGUCGGUUUCGGCCGCGGCCAUAUCCGCUAUGGCAGGUGUUGUGGAGACGCGGGUUUCUGUGGAUGUUAUCGCUGCUCAGCUAUUGCGGGACCAGUACAUUCUUACGGCCCUGGAGUUUCACACUGAACUGCUGGAAGCAGGCAGGGAGCUUCCGCGGCUAAGGGAUUAUUUCUCCAACCCUGGCAACUUCGAGCGACAAAGCGGCACUCCACCUGCCAAAGACCAGGUGCUGGGACCUGGAGGACCACUGAAUCGAGCAGGCAGUAUUAGCACCCUGGACUCGCUGGACUUUGCACGUUACUCAGAUGACGGCAACCGAGAGUCAGACGAACGAGUGGCAGUGCUGGAGUUUGAGCUACGGAAAGCAAAGGAGACCAUUCAGGCUCUGCGGGCCAACUUGACUCAGGCAGCAGAGAGUGAAGUGGCAUGUCAGGAGAGAAAAAACUUCAAAUCGAGUCCUGAAAUCCAGGAGCCCAUACGCCAACUGGAGAAAAGAGCCUUAAACUUCCUUGUGAAUGAAUAUUUAUUAAAAAAUGAAUACAAACUCUCAUCCAUCACCUUUUCUGAUGAAAACGAUGAUCAGGACUUUGAAUUGUGGGAUGACGUCGGUCUCAACAUCCCAAAACCUCCUGACCUGUUGCAGCUCUACAGGAACGGAGGCAGCACGCUUUCCUCUCCAAGGGAUAAGGUGGACGCGUCUGUCGGUGUGGCUUUUGGGGAUCUUCCAGGAAACUGCGUCGCUCGAGAGCCCCGAAAGAAGCCUGACCUGUCACAGCAGCAACAGUCAGAAGUUGUGCAAGAAUUGGAAUACCAGCUGAACCUCCUGAACAGUGAGAAGCAGAGUCUUGCUGAGCAAAUAAAGAAACUGCAGAGUGAGAUUCAGAUCCUGAAAAAGAGCGUCUCGUCUCCGCCUCCGGCCAAUCUGGAGCUUUGCUCCUCCUCUAGCUCCUCAAAGCCCUGCUCCACUAAUCCUCCUUCUGUGCCUUCUCUAGAUAAUGGUCAGUAUCUAGACAUCCGAGGGGUGUUGGAGGCUGGAAAUGACCUUGUAUCGACCUCCACUCAGAACACAUCACAGUCCCAACAGCAAACCUGCAACAAAGCUACAAGUCAACAACGCGUCCAGUUUGAUCAACCAAACAGGAAGUUAUCCCCGGCCUUCCAGCAAGCCUUGCUAUCUUUCUGCAGAAUGUGCUCCGAGAGUCGACUCGGAGCCGAGGUGUCUCGCAUAGCAGACAGCGAGGAAAGCGUGAUGCUGAUGCUGGGCCGCUGUCUUCCUCACAUCGUCCCCAACGUCCUCCUUGCUAAACGAGAGAGAAUGGUUUCACAUCUUUGCCAGGAGCUGAUUCCCCUCAUAUUGUGCACUGCAUGUCUUCACCCAGAACCUAAGGAGAGGGACCAGCUCCUCCACAUCCUCUUCAACCUGAUAAAGAGACCGGAUGAUGAGCAGAGACAAAUGAUCCUGACGGGCUGCGUUGCAUUUGCAAGACAUGUGGGUCCCACUCGAGUCGAAGCCGAGCUGCUUCCUCAAUGUUGGGAACAGAUUAACCACAAAUAUCCUGAGAGGCGGUUGUUGGUGGCUGAAGCCUGUGGAGCCUUAGCUCCGUACCUGCCUAAGGAAAUCCGUAGCUCGCUGGUGUUGUCUAUGCUGCAGCAGAUGCUGGCUGAGGACAAGGCUGACAUGGUCAGAGAGGCUGUGGUCAAAAGUCUGGGUAUUAUUAUGGGUUACAUUGAUGACUCUGACAAAUACGCCCAGGGGUUUGAGUUAAUGCUGCUCUCGCUUGGGGACCCAUCAGAGCGGGUGGUCAACGCAGUCCAUCAGGUCUUCAUUCCUGCCUUUGCUGCCUGGACCACAGAGCUGGGCACCCUGCACACUGCACUCAUACCUUCUCUGCUGGCUCGUAUAGAGAAACUGCUAACACAGGGAGAACACGGACUGGAUGAGCACAAACUUCAUGUUUUCCUGUCAGCUCUCCAGUCCCUUAUUCCGCCUCUGUUUGCAGUGGUGCUGCAGAAUGCACCCUUCACCAGCAGAGCCAAGCCACACGAAGACAUACCUGCAAUAGAAGUGACCCGGUUCCCGAGGCCAGCCUCUCCUCUUCAGGACAUGGCUAUCAUCAUUGGGAACAGAGAGCUGCUCAGCUCCCUGCUGCUCCUCUAUGACCACCAACUGGAGCAUGAAGGAACCACUGGCUGGGAAAGCCUGCUGUGGGUGGUCAACCAGCUCCUUCCUCAGCUCAUAGAGAUUGUGGGUCGCAUCAACGUGACUUCAUCAACCUGCGUUCACGAGUUCUCCCGCUUUUUCUGGAGGUUCUGUCGCACGUUUGGCAAGAUCUUCACCAACACUAAGGUGAAGCCUCAAUUCCAGGAGAUUCUCAGACUAUCAGAAGAGAAUGUCGAUGCCUCAGCAGGGAACGGCAUACUGACCAAAGCUACAGUCCCAAUCUAUGCCACUGGAGUGCUGACAUGUUACAAUCAGGAGGAAGACCGCAAGCUGUUGGUGGGAUUCCUGGAGGAUGUCAUGACGACUCUCUCUCUGUCUCAUGCUCCUCUUGACAGCCUGAAGGCCUCCUUUGUAGAGCUUGGUGCCAACCCAGCGUAUCAUGAGCUGCUGCUGACUGUUUUAUGGUACGGGGUUGUCCACACAUCUGCUCUGGUGCGGUGUACCGCAGCACGAAUGUUUGAGUUGGUUCUUCGAGGCAUGAGUGAAGCAUUAGUUGACCGUCGGGCGGCUCCAGCCCUAAUAACACUGUGCAGUGGGCCUGAAUUAUCAGUUAGGAUUGCCACUAUUCCUGCCUUUGGUACCAUCAUGGAGACUGUCACACAAAAAGAGCUGCUGGAGCGUGUGAAAAUGCAGCUGGCAUCGUUCCUUGAAGACCCUCAGUACCAGGAUCAGCACUCUUUGCACAUGGAGAUCAUCAGGACGUUUGGAAGGGUCGGUCCUAACGCAGAGCCGCGCUUCAGAGACGACUUUGUUCUCCCGCACCUUCAUAAGCUUGCAUUAGCCAACAACAGCCAGUCGGUGGAAGGCAAGAGGAUUGACAUCGCCAUCCACCUGUUUGAGGCCUACAGUGCCCUCUCCUGCUGCUUCAUUUCUGAGGAGGUCAUGGUCAACCAUUUCCUGCCAGGCCUCAGGUGUCUGCAUGCCGACAUGGAGCAACUGUCUCCAGAGCAUGAGGUGAUUUUAGGGUCUAUGAUCAAAGAGUGUGAAAUAAAGGUGGAAAACAGAGGAAUUUCUGAUGCCCAAGGAUCAAUUUCUAUUGCCUCCAGUUUGGUGGGUGAAGAUGCCAAGACCAAGUUUCUGAGUAAGAUGGGUCAGCUGACCACCUCUGGAGCAAUGCUGGCCAACGUCUUCCAGAGAAAGAAGUAACUGACUGACGUCCGAUGAGCCAUCGCGAUGAACUGACAAAGCCCCCUGUUGUUCCUGGAGGUGUUUUAUUUCAGCGAAGAAAGCUCUGGUGCAGCCCAAAGUAGUUACGCAAUUGUGUUGCUAAAUCAAAUACGAUGAGACGUGAAAAUAAUGCUGCAGAGAUGCGUACUACUUUAAGAACUGAAGUGUUUGGGAGGGGUUGGGGCGAUUUGCAGUGAAAGCCUGUGAAAGCCUUCACCCCUUUUUUGUGCCCACUUUUCACCCUUAAUUCUUUAUCACGACGUGCGCAAUGUCAGGAACUGAGGGUCUGGCUUUAUUUGUCAGUGUUAACAUUUUCAUUUCAGAAAUAGAAGCAGGGGGGUGUUAAGCAGAACACUAUGGACACUCUGGCAAAGUGAUGACAAGGAGCUUGAAAUGAUCACAGAAUUGGAUUUAAUUUGAACUUUUCGAAGUCAUCCUCUCCAGGAAUCAUAACUCUGAGCUCAUACUGCAGGUUUUCAUGAAGUACUUUAAAGAGCACCAUUUUGUGGUGGAAUAAAAAAAUGGUGUGGUAACUUGAAUUUUUUUGGGAAAUUAAGGCAAACGUUUGAACUGCAAGCCUGUGCAUCAGUUUAAAAUGACUUAUACGAUGUGUCUGUACUUAGAAGUGUUGCCUACUUGAAAUUAUUCACAUUUGUCUUGCCUUUAUUUCUUUGAGGUCUGUAUUUGACAGCUUCCUAUUUUAUUGUUUAUUUAUGUCUUAAUGAAGGAAAAACAAACUUUAUUCCAACUUCCAAAGAAAUUUGCACUUCACUUUGCUUAUUUGUUCUUCAUAAUGGAUUUUUGUUGCUUUAAUGUGGAUUCUUAUACAUGAUGAUCAUCACUACCACUUUUUUUUUUUCCCCCUCAAUUCUGACAAUGUAAUGUUGAAGCAAACACUGGUCUUAAUGAUACCUUCUCUGGCCGUUGCAUCUUGUCUGUGUGUUGCUGUUUUUCUGAUUGUACUUUUUUUUUUUUUUUCCAAGAAUGUUGGUAUUUGGUUUUACUGUCUGCUUUGGAGAAGCUCAAAGAGAAACGGCAAAUAUCUGUAUCAUACACUGACCUGAGGUGGAGAGUACUCUCUGUAUAUUUGAAAUUUAUGUCAUGAUGUAAUAAAUGAUGGAUUGGUUGUGUACUUUAAGGUA